AUGGCCUCUUUGGUUCCCAUUAAGCCGCAAAGCGGUCUUGCAUCUCUCGCAUCUCGCGCCACAAAGUACGCCCUCACCGGCGAACGCACAGCAGCCCGAACUAUCCCCUCCGCCCGGCACCUCUCAACAUGUCUCGCACGGCAAGCCGGCGGAUACGCCAGACCUUCAGGACUGCAGUCAAGCUCUAAGCGCCUCCAAGCUCAAUGUAUCCAGCGCUCUAUCCGCUGGAACAGCGCGCAAAGCAAUACCGAUGACAGCGCACCGCCUUCAUUCCGACAGUGGGGAUUUGAGGAUAUAAAUGCCCACCUCCCCUCCUCAACACCCAAUACACCCCCCUCAACCCCGCAAAAGAGCCUCAUCCUCGUCGACGUCCGCGAACCCGCCGAACUCACGCGCACCGGCAUAAUCCCCUCCGCCGUGGCCGUGCCGCUAGCCUCCCAGCCCGACGCGCUCUUCCUAACCCCCGACGAGUUCGAGACACGGUUCGGGUACCCGAAGCCUGGCGCGGAUGAGGGGAAGGGUGAUAUCGUCUUCUACUGUCUUGCUGGUGUGAGGGCGCGCGCGGCGGCGCAGUUGGCUGUGCAGGCUGGGUAUGAUGCGGAGCGGAUUGGGGUUUAUGAGGGGAGUUGGAGAGAUUGGGCGGCUAGGGGUGGGAAGGUUGAGAGGUGGGAGGGGGAUGAGGAGUAA